AUGUUUAGGGGAAAUAAAGUAGCAAUAAAAAAAAUUGUCAAAAAGAAGGUUGACGUUAAUAAAAAGCUUCUUUUAGAAAUCAAACAGGGCAUGAGUUAUUUACAUCAAUCGGAAGUAGCAGUUCACGAAAUGCUUUGGGUUGCCCCAGAACUUAUUCCAUUGGAUACGAAUCCCGUUUUACUGCCAACACAGAAAGGAGACGUUUACAGCUUUGGAAUAAUCCUUGAGGAAAUUAUACUUAGAGCUGGACCAUUUCAGUCUGCUCGUGAAGAAUUAGGUGUAAAUGCCCAUGAGAAUCCACCGUUUAGACCCCUAGUGCAUAACGACGAAUGUCCUGAAAAGCUUUCGGAACUUAUGGUAUCAUCGUGGUGCGAAAAUCCUGAUAAUAGACCAACGUUUCAACAAAUUCGACUACUUCUACGAAAUUUAAUGAAGCAGUUUGGUGAAAAUAUUAUAGACGAUCUUCUCAGAAGAAUGGAGCAAUACGCUAAUAAUCUCGAAGUAGUGGAUUUGCUAAACGAACUAUACAGUACUUUUGACAGAAUAAUUAAAUCCUACGAUGUUUAUAAGUUCAGUUCAUUUAUUACAGCAUUGAAAAUACACGUUAGUAAAGCGACUCAAGAAAUCCUGGAGACAUUUGGUACAUUUGUGCUGGAUCGAAGAGGCGAAGUAGAAUUAAAAGGAAAGGGUUGGGUGACUACCUACUGGCUGACUAGGAGUACAGAACCAUCGCCAGAAUUACCAAGUCACCGGCAUUCUUCACCUGUUAAUGAACAAGAAGCUACUCCAUAUCCCUUGGUGUUUAUGGGUUAA